AUGGCGUUACCACUCAGUACUGGAGGAUGGAUCGUCGCUGCUCCAGGGACAUGGGACGGCUUGGAGUGGAAAGAUUCAAUUCCUUUGCCUGUCUUGGGCAAGGCUGACGUGCUUGUCAAGUUCCAUGCCGCGUCUCUGAACUAUAGAGACCUCGCAAUUUGCAAGGCACGCGCCAAACCCGGAGUUGUGCUUGGAAGCGAUGGAGCCGGAGAAGUUCUUGCGGUAGGGAUUGAAGUUCGGCGUUUUCAAAAGGGGGACAAAGCAGUGGCAGUGAUGAUCCAAAAGUUCUACGCCGGCUCUCUCGAUUCCAAAGUCGUUCAGUCAGAUCUUGGUGGCGGCGAAGACGGAACGAUACGCCAAUAUGGCAUAUUCCACGAGGAGGGUUUGGUGCACAUCCCAUCGAAUCUCGACUACUACGAGGCAAGCACGCUACCAUGCGCCGCCAUGACUGCUUGGAACGGACUGUACGGUUUAAAGCCUCUGGUUGCCGGUGAUACUGUUCUCGUUCAAGGAACCGGAGGCGUGUCAAUCUUUGCAUUGCAGUUUGCCAUAGCAGCGGGAGCAAUCGUUAUCGCGACGACAAGCUCCAGCGAUAAAGCAGCGGUUUUAAAGAGCCUAGGAGCACAUCAUAUCAUUAACUAUACCCAGGACCCCAACUGGGGCGAGACGGCAAAGUCGUUGACAUUUGACAAAGAAGGUGUGAAUCACGUGAUUGAAGUGGGCGGGCCCAUGACGAUGGCACAGAGUUUGAGGGCGAUCCGAAGAGACGGCCAAAUAUCUGUAAUCGGAUAUUUAGGAGACACUUCUAAUUUCUCAGAGCCGACUUUCAUUGAUACUCUGAAUCAUCAGUGUAUAGUUAGGGGUGUCGUCGUCGGCAGCAGGCUCCAGUUCGUCGAGAUGAACAGAUGCAUCGAAGUGAACAAUAUCAAGCCUUUGAUAGACAAGAGGAAGUUCAAACUUCAAGAUCUCAAAGAGGCCGUUCGGUAUAUGUGGGAUCGGAAGCAUAUUGGCAAGGUGGUUGUUACAAUUGAUUGA